CUUUGAUGAGGUAGAACACAUCACAGGCGCACGGGAGAGAGUCCUUCAGGUUCACGGUUGCUGAGAAUUAACAGUGGGUCAUUGGAGAUUUGAAAAAAUUGCUUCAAAGAUUAAAUCAUUCCUCCAAAUUGGAAGAAAUUGAUUAUUAUCCGCCUUUACUUCAGAAGAUGGCUAAUGGAACUAUUCAACAAUGUUUGUUUUCGACGCUUCACAGCUCCAACCACGAGAUAGGCAUUCAAGUCACUGCCAUAGCAACAACUGUGAUUGGGAGCAUAUCAUCCAUCGGGUCGAUUUUGGGAAACGCUCUUGUUCUGUUCGUACUGUUUAAACAUGAGCGUUUGAGGACACCAUCGAACGUCUUGCUUGGCAGUCUGUGUUUGACGGAUUUUCUCACUGGCUUUAUCGUUGUUCCAACUGUCUCUAUUAGGCGCAUCACAGAGGCAUACGGCAGUGGAAUAUGCAUCAUUCGAAUUGUAUGUGCCUAUUUCUCAUACCUGACCGUGAUUGUGUCAGUGGUGACAAUUGGUUUGAUAAGCAUCGACCGGUAUUAUGCAAUCAUGAUGCCAUUUAGGUAUCAAAGGAACAUUUCCACAACAAAAUAUUUUAUUCUUCUAGCAAUAGUAUGGCUGCUUCUCGCCAUGUACUCGUUGUUGCCAUUUCUCAACAUUAUUUCUGGUUCGAAAUUUUUCAUAAUUGCCUGCUCUUUUCUAGCUGUAAACAUAGUAAUUUUUGUGAUCUGCUACAUAAAAAUUUCUAAAGUUGUUAACAGCCACAAAAUGAGACUGCACCGCAGAAGAAACAUAUCGGCGGUUAGCCCUGAGGUCAUGAAGAAUUCGCCAUUUUUUAGCCGCAGAUCUCGCCUUUUCUCUACAAGAACUCCAGAUUCCGAUCAGAGUCAGUCUCCUUAUCGAAUGAGUGAACGACAGAAGACCAACACAGUUGUCAUGGUUGUUGUCACCACUAUCUUUUGUUACGGACCAUUGAUGAUAAUAUACACACUUCGAGGCAUUAUGGGGGAUACAUUUGAGCUCGUCUACAUAGCAGAUCCGUGGGCAGAUUUGAUAAUGUACUUUAAUAGCACUCUGAAUCCUGUUAUUUAUUGCCUGAGAGCCAAAGAUAUUCGCGAUGCUGCUCUGAGAAUUCUUCCAGUCAAAAUCAGGAAAGUCUUUCAACUUGACUGAAGCAACAUCUGCAAGUUUAAUCAUGUAAUAUUGGAAGGAAAAUAUAAAACUCGUUAUAUUGAACCAAUACAUACGAGUAUACUUGCUGUCAUCAACUACUUGGUUCACUGAUUUCAAUCUUAAAAGUCAUAUGCUUAUUUUCUCUGCAAAAAUAAGAUUUGGUAUUAGAAAAGGUUUGUUAAGUUGUAAUAUUAUAAACUUGGUUUAUUUCAUUGGAAGACACAACUAGCUUCGAGUGAGAGCUUCUUAUACUUUUUACUUCGCUUGGUUGUUCUUUCAACCUUUUUGCCUACAGGCUUUUAUGAAAACAUUCUUAUUUAGAAGUAAAAUGAAAUUACUCGGUUAAAGAUAUCUGGAGAGACAAAUCUUGAAUCAAAUGUCAAAGGUUUUAUUGGAUUUGAAAACUUGAUAUCUUUUGGUUACUUUAGGAAGCCGAAAAUUGCAAAAACACAACGUGAAAUUUAAAUCGCAAACUCAGUUUAAUCGUUGAACGAAAAAAUGGGUUUUAUGAGUUACUUUUACAUUUUUGUGGCGUUGAUGCUAUUAGUGUUGUUGACGUCACGUAUAAUCUAUAAUAUACGCUGCUUGGUGU